AUGAUCAUAUUCACUAAUGCAGUUGGAGCUGAUGCUGAUGAAGAUAGAGUUGAAUUACUCUUGUCAGAGGUUAAGGGUAAAGAUAUCACCGAAUUGAUUGCAUCUGGAAGGGAGAAGUUGGCUUCUGUUCCUUCAGGUGGCAGUGGUGGUGUUGCAGUUGCCGCCACAGGUGGUAGUGGUGCUGCUCCCGCUGCAGCUGAGCUAAAGAAAGAGGAGAAAGUUGUAGAGAAAGAAGAGUCCGAUGAUGUUGAAAGGAAGUCUCUUCCUCAUCCAGAAAGACCAGAUCGUCUUCGAGCAAUUGCUGCCAGCCUGGCAACUGCAGAGAACAGUUAUUUGCUAGGUACAUUAAUCUUUAUGUUUGAUGGAUCAUGGGUCGUGGGUCAUGGGUCAUGGGUCAUGGGUCAGGUGCGUCCUCCAGGUCAUCAUGCUGGAGUGAGACAAGCAAUGGGAUUCUGUCUGCAUAACAAUGCAGCCAUUGCUGCAUCAGCAGCACAAGCUGCAGGAGCAAAAAAAGUCUUGAUUGUUGAUUGGGAUGUACACCAUGGAAAUGGAACUCAAGAAAUAUUUGAGCAGAACAAAACAGUGUUGUAUAUAUCCUUACAUAGACAUGAAGGUGGAAAAUUCUACCCUGGUACAGGCGUUGCCCAUGAGGUGGGGUCCAUGGGUGGAGAAGGGUAUUGUGUAAAUGUUCCAUGGAGUCGUGGAGGAGUUGGGGACCAUAGUCACAGGAUUCGCCAAAGUAGUCACGAUCCACGUUCCAAACGGCUCGAUCCCAAACGGGGUACGAUUGCGUAUCGAUCGCUGACAGAAACGCCCUCCGGUACGUCAUGCUUGCGACCCCACCAAUUCUUUAAAUCGAUACCUGAAACGUGA